AUUAAUUUAUCGGAAAAAAAAAGAUCGCAUAAAAACAUGGUACGGUCACCGUGUUGCGAUGAAGAGAAAGGGGUGAAGAAAGGGCCGUGGACGGAGGAGGAAGACGAGAAGCUGAGGGGAUAUAUAAGAGAGAAGGGCUUCGGGAAUUGGAGGUCGCUGCCGAAGCUCGCCGGACUGAACCGCUGCGGGAAGAGCUGCCGCCUCCGGUGGAUGAAUUAUCUCCGGCCAGAUAUCCGGCGAGGCAACUUCUCCCACGACGAAGAGAGGCUCAUCGUUAAUCUCCACGCCCUUUUUGGCAAUAAAUGGUCGAAGAUCGCGAGCCAUCUCCCGGGAAGAACAGAUAAUGAGAUCAAGAACUAUUGGAACACUCACAUCAGGAAGAAGCUACUGAAAAUGGGGAUUGAUCCGAACACUCACAAGCCAAGAACCGACAUUAACCACAUCCUCGACAGUGUAUCUCCGCUGCUAGCAGGCGCCGCAACUGCCAACCGCCGCCGAUUUGCUAACGACUCUCUCUUCAACAACAUUGCUUUCGAAGAGGUUGUCAAAGUCCAGUUGCUGCAUAACAUCCUUCAUAUGAUGAACCCUAAAACCGUACCGAACAUCCUUAGCCUCGAUACCAAUGGUAUAAACCCGCCUAAAGCAAAACCGGCUGAGGGACAAUCCAACACAGUGUGUCCGCAAUUGUUCACAAACCCUUUCGGAUCAACCCCUCAAACCAACAUGGAUUUGGGGCCAUCACUUGAAAAUCUGUGUGGAAUCAAACAAAACCAGACUCGCGGCUCUUGGGACAUUCUUGCAGAAAACCGACUUCCGGGUUUGGUUUCGGUUUGUCAAGAUAAUUCGAGUACUAAACUGGUUACCACAGCAGGAAAUGUUCAGAUCGGAACUAGUCUGGAACCGGGUUUAUAUGGUUAUCACGAUCAAUUCCCUGAAAUCCCAUAUUCGGUUCCGGUUUAUGCUGAUAUGCCUGGAUUAAACCGAACUGAAACGGCCCAACGAUCGACGGGUUCAGAUGCCUUGGAGGCUUGGGAGAAGCUCCUUGACGAUGAAACAAGCGAUUCCUGUUGGAAAAGCUUCUUAGAUUUGACGUCCCCAAAUUCAUCUGCAGAGGAUCAUUUGUGAUUAGAGUGCAAGUUCAUGCAUCAUCUCAAAUUAUAUAGGAUCAUAUCUUAUACAGAAAAUACAGAGAGAGAGAGAGAGAGAGAGAGAGAGAGUUCAGUGUUAUUAUUUGUAUAAGUUGUAACUAUAUUUACUUUCAUCGUUAAUCGUCUAUAAUCAAGUACAAUAAUGAUCGUCAUUUAUAUAUAGCAAUAAUAGAGAGAAAAAAAGGUUCUUUUGGACAAAAAAACGAUUGAUGUAUGCAUGAUUAUAUUACAUAAAUGGGAUAUAUUAGAAAGUCAAAUAGUGUUAGUUAAUGUUGUUUGCCGUUAGGUUUAGAUCCUUUAUAUCUUUCAACUUAAACCGUUGACUGUUGUCUUAUUCAACCUAUAUAAAGACAGACCAGAAAAUGAAUAAAUAGUCUUGUGAAAAAUAAAAAUGAAUAAAAUCCACGGUGGCACUGGCAAUGAACUUUUUACAGUUCAAUUAUUUAUGUGAGCUUUUUCAACCCACACAACUAAUGCCACGUGUCCUCUCCGCCGGGGUUAUUUCUGCCAUUCCAGUGAAAAAUUAAGGCUAGUUUCGUAGUUUCUCUUGUUUUCCAUCUAUGUCCUCUCUCUUCUCCGUCUCCCACCGUGAUCUCUCUCUAUCUAUCCGCACGAGGUGAACGGAUUCUUUGCCGUCGGCGGCGGAGGUAAUAGCCGCGGAGAUGCGAGGGUGAAGGUUGGCGGUUCCUCUCCGCCGAAGCAGAAACCGCAUCCUGCGGUGCACACUGCGAACGCCCUUCCGCCGCCGUUCCUGAGCAGGACCAGAAACAGACGCGGUUGUUUCAUGGUGUUCGACGGACAAUAGCUUCGUCGUCUGGAAUCCGCCGGAGUUCGCGCGUGAUCUUCUGCCCAAGUACUUCAAGCACAACAAUUUCUCCAGUUUUGUUCGCCAGUUGAACACCUAUGGAUUUAGGAAAGUUGACCCAGAUCGCUGGGAAUUUGCGAAUGAGGGCUUCUUAAAGGGUCAAAAACACCUCUUGAAGACUAUAACCCAAAGGAAACCUGCUCAUGGCCAUGGUCCUCCACAGGGCCCAAACUCAGCAUCUGUAUCGGCAUGUGUGGAGGUUGGAAAUUUUGAGCUUGAGGAAGAGGUUGAAUAGCUCAAAAGAGACAAGAAUGUGCUUAUGUAAGAACUCGCCAACAACAGCAGCCAACUGAUAAACCACCUUCAAAAGAUGGUUAAACCUCUUCAGGUUAUGGAGCAGCGACAACAAUAUAUUAUGUCUUUCCUAUUCAAAGCCAUGCAGAACCCCACCUUCCUGUCUCAUUGCAUACAUAAGCAGAAUAAUAAUAUGCAUGUCACUGAAGCCAACAAGAGGUGGAGGCUGAAACAGGAAACUGCUGCCGAGAAUAACCAUAGCUCGGUUGCUUCCGUUGGACAGAUUGUCAAGUGUCAGCCUCUAAGAAGUGAUGUGACCAUGUCGAUGAUCUGGAACAUAAUGAAUAUGAAUGACAAUGGUCUCUUUCAUCAUGGUUGGUUUCCGACUCUAAUUCAUGGCAGCUCACUAAAACGGGUCUCAUGGGUAACUCUUCAAGAGGUACUGCCCACAACUUCAGGGUGACUGCAUGCACAGCCAUCGUCCUACUUGCCUACAACAUCUGGGCAGGGGUUAUCGUAUACACGCGUAUCGUCAUUGUUAUCAGUCCCUGCAGCUUCUGCUGCCGUUUCUGAAGCCUUAACCACUGAACGAUUCUCGAGAACUCAAUUUCUGGAAAAGCCCUCUGCUUCAGCCUCCCCGUCCAAUAUUGUCAUGCCUGCGAUUCCCAGAAUGCCAGAACUGGCACCAGAUAGCUUCAGUGACAUCCAUACAGAUAACCACAUGGAUUCUGAGGAUUUCUUCGCGAGCCCUUUGCUGGAUAGAUCAGACCCCCCAUUCAGUUCGAGUUUCCUUUCAAGGGAACAACCAUUGUCGAUUCUCCGGAUUACAGUCAUGGCUGUGACAUGGGUAGCACUGGCAGAGGCCUCGACCGUUAUACCUACCUGUAAGCAGAUGGCUUCUCACCCUUUUAACGUCUUUAUUUUAUGCUCGAUGUUUUUU